UGUGCUUUCAGGGAAAGAUAUGCUAAACUAACAUGGGAAAAACCAAUUCCUGACAAUUAUAAAUUAACUGAUUCUGAUGUUGAUGCCUUCGUUAAGAGUAUAUUGCCAGUAGCUAUGACGGCUAUGUUCAAUAAAUUCUGUGUAAACGAUGCCUGCCAAGCUUUACAGCAAUUGGCUACUAUGAGACCGAAUUUAGUAAUACCUGAUAUGUUGGAAAGGAUGCAGUCUACGUUUGAUUCCUUGACUGAACCACAUAAACUUACCGCUUCAAUGAUUUGUAUGGUAGCUGUUGCCAGACCAAUGGUUCAAGGUUCUAGGAAUAUAAACAAAGGUUACGGUUAUUCGGAAGGUCCGGUGCACGUGUUGCCACUAUUAUUUUCGUUAUUACCCGGAAUUGACCCAAACGACGUUGGGAAGACUUUCGCUACGUUCCGUCUUAUUUCCGUUUAUGCUACAUUGAUCCCCAUUGUGGACUCCUCCAGAUCGACUGCGGUUAUGACCGAGGAGGAAAGGAUAGUUUGUGAGGCAACGUCGCGUUUUGAAGACUUUGUACUGCAGUUCCUGGAUAGAGUAUUCAUUUUCAUAGAAUCCAGCUCGUCGGAAAAUGUACGGCUCGAGAAUCAUGGCGGUAAUUCGAAGAGCAAACUGGAAUCGAUUGCGGAGGUAGCGCUUUUCUGCGUGUGCGCAACCCUUCUGAGGGAAAUCAGCGAUGCCAUCUUGGAGAGCGCCCUACACAAAUUGCGCACGUUUAUGACGGAGCGGAUUCUCGAGACCAAAGUCGCGGGCCAGCUUGCGGCAGUCGUGUACAAUAGCUUUUCUCACACACACGGACGCGAAACGCUGCGCGCGUUAUUGCCUACGCUUACGCAAACGAUUUUGCCACUGGUAAGCGAGGAAGAGGACAUCUUAAAGGAGGAGAAUCUGGACCAUCGUCUCUCACAUGCUAUGCUUAUACUGUCUGCGAUCGUUGACACACCUGGCAAUAAUUUGAUACCGCAUAUGGACACACUGCUUGAAGUUCUUGAUCGUGUUCUACUCUUGAGAUCAACGGACGGCAAUAAAUUGGCAUGUAAAUUAUUGAAUUCUAUCCUGUCGUCAUUGUCGACCAUCACUCCAUGGCAGUAUAGAUCCAACAGCAGAGAUUAUAAUGAUCCCAAUUAUCCCUAUAUUAGAGAAUGGGGUCAAAGCGUUGAUCUUGAUAAUUUCUGCAUUAAAUGGUAUAUUCCUGGCGAAGAAGAGAUUGCUGCUAUACAACGAAUAUUCUUAAGAUAUUUGACAAUUCAAAUUGACAAGCUUAAUAAAUAUUGCAAAGAUACUAGCGUAUUAAGUAGGGAGGAACUGUUCGCUUGUUUAAACAUUGUAUGCAGUAUUAUUCGAGGUUCCGAAUCUGUUCUACCAGUAUGGACAGAAACACCACUCGAAUUGAUCGAGUCUUCCGUAAAAUGGAAUAUAUCUAUGACGUUCACAUAUGGAAUAAAGAGACAUAUCACAAUGCCUGAUGGAAGCAACGUUAGACACUAUCUUGUCGGGCUUAUGAGUCAAGUCCAACGGGCGAUGCUUGAAAAAGCAGAGGAUAACACGAAGAGCUUUUUUGAACUGAUACGGAUUUGGACUAGUUUAUUAUUGGGAAAGAUACGGUUGCGCGGACGUGAUGGACGGCGCGAGGGUUUCUUAAUCAUCAAAAAGACUUUCGAGGACAGAUUGGUACGAAAUAAGAGUUACAUAGCUUCGGUGAUGAUGGAUCGCUGUGAUAUUCAGCACGAGCUCAGACUGACCGCGCAAUCGGUCGCACUUACAGAAACCCAUAAACGAAUAAUAUUGGAACUGUUCACUUUAGCCGUAGGCAGAUAUGCAAACGUACGCUUAAAAGCUCAAGAUAGUCUCUUCUCGAUCUUUAAAAAUUUUCCAUAUUCUUAUACGUUUAUAAUGCCGCGUCUUAUCGAGAUUUUGGGGAGAGAUACCGAAGAACAUCACGAUGCAUAUAAGGGUGUUCUGUAUAUAUUGCUUGGACAAGGACAUGCUCCCAUUUUCACGCAAGGAGAUUUGGCUAUACUGACAUCAUUAUGGCCUGCCAUUGUGCUUUCCAAGCCGUCCGAAAAACUUUCCGUGAUCCGCCUAAGGCAGAACAUCAUGAAUACUAUAAGUAAAUACUUCUGUUUGAAUACGCUCAAGCUUGAAAUAUCCGACACACGUUUGAAGGCUGCAUGCGCAAUGUGGAAAAAUUUCCCACAACCAGCUUUGCCACAGCCUGAUCAAGACGAGAUAGAGAAAGGCGCACAAAACUUGAAGCAACUCAAUCAAUCUAACCUAAUGGCAUAUAAUAAUCUGCUCAAUGAAUUUUUACGUUGUAUACUUGAGGAAUCUCUACAUUGGAGACAUAAAUUAAUGGCAAUGACUUUUAUACGAGAUUUGGUGUACCCAGAUCAACCUUAUCCCACAAAAUUGGUGCGUUAUUUUCUGCAAAUACUUAUACACGAUUCCUUGGAGGAAAGAAAAAUUGCCACCACCAUAGUGACAUUUAUGUUGAAACAACAAAAACGAAAGCAUUUAAAGGUAACGGUUGAUGUACAUAGCUUGUCCAAUGAAAGCACGAAAAAAGAAGAAAAAUCACGAAAUGUCAUGCCCGGUAUAAGAGCUGACAAUUCUUGGCUUCAAUAUAAUUACGAAACUCGUCCGUUAACUGCCGAACAAUGGGAUGAAUCCAGAUACGUUCAUAAAAUGUACAUAGGCUAUUACGUUUGGCCAAAAACUUUGGAAGUAUACGCACCUUCAUCCCAACAACCUUGUCUCGACCCGGAAAUGCGUGAACUGACGGAUUGUGAGAGAGAGAUCCAUUCUUUUUUUGAUGAUCCGCAGAACAUCGAGAAGCUUAUAUAUUAUUUCAGUCUAGAAGAGAAGAAAGGCAAGGACAAGUUUAACGACUUGAGAUGUUUCCUGUUCAAAGGCUUGUUCCGUAAUCAUGGGAUUGUUCAUUUGAAGCAUUUCCUGCCGCACUUGCAGCGGCUGGUAGUGGACAAACAUGAGAGUAGCCAGCGAUGUGCCGCGGAGAUUGUAGCUGGGAUUGUGAAAGGCGCCAAGCAUUGGCCGUUCCAGAUGACGUGUGACUUGUGGCAGGCAUUAUUGCCAAUCAUACGAACAGCAAUCGCGAAUCUAACGGAGGAGACCAUUGUAGAUUGGGGCUCGUGCUUUGCGUCGAUACUGUACAAUAGGGAUCCCAAUAGGCACCAUUGGCUACUCGAGUGUCUGAUGGAGGAGCCGCCGCUGAAGGACUCGUUUGAGGAAUGUGGUCGUCUAUACGUAUUGCAAUCCGCCUUGUACCAACAGUCGUGGCGGGUGACAGAGCUGCUGCAACGCUUGCUGGUGCGCUUGGAGAACCGAUUGCUGACGAAUCCGUUUCAGAAUGUACGAGAACGUCUAGGAUCGGUGCUAGUCACUAUAUUCAGUGCUGAACUGAGAUACCCGUACAAUACAGCCGACAUCACGAUUCCGCGAAAGCAAACUCUGAUCGACAAGAUUGUACCGAAAUUAAAGCAACUGAUAAAGGAUGAUGAUACAGUCGAACCAAACAAUCUUGACAAAGAUGACAAUUUAUUAGAAAAAGUGGCUAAUGUUUCGGUCGACGAGUCAAAAGAAGCGGGGAGAUCGGGGAGAACGGAAGAACAGGAGAUGCCUAUAAGAUUGUUGAAAAUUGCUUGCAAAUGGAUUACAAUUAGCUUAGUUUGUUCAGAGUGUACCAUGACGCAAGGAUUUUACCAGAUAUUUCCGAUUAUAUGUCAAUUAGAAAACUCGGAAGCAGACGAGGAGCUUAAUAAAUUGUGUUUACAAACCUUGGCAAUGCUUGCGCAGGCAUCCACGGAGGAUGUGUCAGUAGCGUUGGCCGCGAUGAAAAUGGUAUCUGAACACUCGUCAUGGUCUACCAGGCUAACUAGCUUGGAGUUUCUUCAAGUAUUCGUUUUUCAUAACAUGGGCAUGAUUCUUAGUAAUCCAUUAUGGAUUGACUGUGUUAAAGAUAUCGUUUUGCGCUUGUUAGAAGAUGAUCGUUUAGAAGUCAGAGAGAAGGCUAGUCAAGUACUCGGAGGAUUAUUACACUGCACAUUUAUCACGGAUCAAGAGAAAUUACUGGAGGAGUUCAAAAGAAAAGCGAAAACUCCAUUACAAAAGAAGAAUAGUUCUAUUAAUCAAGAUGCAUUGAUAAACAUCAAGAAUGAUGCGAUACGUAUACGUCACGGUGGUGUGCUUGGACUGUGUGCUUUUAUUCAUGCUCAUCCGUACGAUGUACCCAAAUAUGUACCUCCAGUCUUUGAACAUCUCGGCCUUCACAUGAAUGAUCCACAACCUAUACCGAUGACAAUAAGGAAAACUUUGAGUGACUUCAAACGGACGCAUUACGACGGUUGGACAGGAUUGAGAGGCCAUGCCCAAUGUUUUACGGAAGAACAACUAGCAAUCUUACAAGAUUUAACAGUGCCACCAUCGCAUUAUGCUUAAUCAGGAAUGAAAUUUUACUGACUGUUAUAACGAUAAUUAGAAUGAAAAUCAUGUCCACAAAGAAUGUAUUGUGAAGAAUGUAAGUGUUCAUAUUAAAAAUUCACCAAAUGGCCAUUUGCGCCAGUAUUUAUGAACUUGUUAUUUUCUGUAUAAUUUUAUACAUAAUAGUGCAAAAUAGCGUAAAUAGUGCAUCAAGAUAUUCUAGAAUUUUCGCGUAUUAGCAAAUAUUACUAUGUAUGAGAGCAUUAUCAAGUUAAAACUUAUCUCUAAUUUAAAA